CGACAACACCUGACUUCCGCAGUCAUGAGAAGAGUCAAGGCUCAGGAGAAGGAGAGCCGACCGUUCUGGUUCUGAGAACCUCCGACAGCACCAUGUUUCGGCACACCGCACUCCGACUUGCUAGGCCGGCAAGAACCGCGCCGUUUGUAACACAUGCGCCCAGGCGCACUCUAUUCUCUCGUCGCGCCGCGAGGUCAAGCCGGCCAGUCGAGAACCUGAACCUCCAGCGCCUGUCGCAGCAAUCCGAAGAAUACCACCGCAACCGGCGCAUUUUUCUCUGGUGCGGAGCCAUUGCCGGCGUGGUGUCCUUCAUCUACACAGCUUAUAAGCUUAAAGUCGAGCUAUCAAAGCCUGCCAAAUUCGACACCAACCUCGCACCAUCAGACCCGCUCGCAGGUGCCAGCGCGGCGGACCGUAAAGUAGUAGUCUACGAUGAGGAAGGCGACGAGAUCGUGCCGACCGGCAACAGCACGGUACCAACCUUCCCGCGCAGGAUUAACCUCCCUUCCUUCACAGCGCCACUGUCCACCACUUCCACAUCCGAGGCCGCCACCUCCCCGGGGAUAACCUCGCCUUCCGACACCACUGAAUACACGCUCGUCGGCCUCGGCUCGCGCACGGUGACCUUCAUCAACCUCCAGGUCUACGUGGUGGGCUUCUACGUGGCCACGGCCGACAUCGCGACGCUGCAGAACGCCCUGACCAAGAAGGUCAACCACAUGGCGACGACGCUCGUCCCCAACGAGCGCGAGCAGCUCCGCAGCGCGCUCCUCGACCCGGCCGAGGGCGAAAAGACGUGGGACGAGCUGCUCGCGGCCGGCAUACCCGCGCGGUCCGCGUUCCGGGUCGUGCCCGUUCGCGACACCGACUUCCACCACCUCCGCGACGGCUUCGUACGCGCCAUCCAGGGGCGUGCGGCGGCGCUUUCCGGCAAGCGUGGGCAGCCUGGAGCUGCGGAGGACGAGGCUUUUGGCGAGGCCAUGCGGCAGUUCAGGGCGGUCUUCAACCGCGGGAGCGUGCCCAAGCGGAGGGAGAUGCUGCUUGUGAGGGACGAGACGGGCCGCUUGAGCAUUUCGUAUGAUGCGGGCGCCAGCAAAAAGGAGCAGCGUCCCGCCGGCAGGCAGUUGAUUGGUGUUGUAGAGGACGAGCGGGUGUCAAGAGCGCUGUGGCUGAAUUACCUGGCGGGGAAGAAGGUGGCUAGCGAGGCAGCGAGGAAGAGCAUUGUGGAGGGUCUUAUGGAGUUUGUGGAGAGGCCCGUUGGCACCGUUGCGUCACAGGUAGUUCCUGUUGUGAAUGCGAAGGUGUGAUCUGGACCAUGUGGUCGUGUCCUUCAAUCGUCUGUAUGAGUACCAAAGCAGGAAUUGCUAACUGGCCGCAUAACGACGGCCUUGUACACUGAGAAAUAUACAUGAACACCGUGGGCAUAUAUAACCUGUCUAUUAUCCUUGGGUAUCCCUAGUUUAGCCGCUGAAGCAACCAAUAUCCAGCGUUCAGAGAGCACCGGCCUCCUUCAGCAGCUCCUCGAUCUUCUUGCCGUUC